CUUCGUACAAGCCCUGGCGGAACUAAACAAAUUUGCGGGACUUGAUCAUCUAUUCCGGUACUGUCUGCCAUUGAAGCUGCGUAAAUAGCAACUAGUUUCUCCUUUUUGAUUGAUGGAUCUAUCAACACAGUGCCAUUGAUGUUGUACCUAAUGAAGCAUUUAUCAAUCAAUCCAUCAUUUAAAUAAGCAACCAUUUUGAUUCUCAUCAAUCGCGAUUUUUAGUGUAGUGAGUUGACGAUUGCUUCAUGUGUCAUUGGGCCUUUUUUUUUGUUGCGCAGAGAAAAACGGAAAGUAAUAAAUUCAGGACACGUGAGAACAACUCCACAGUAUAAAUAUAAAUCCUUGAACCAGGAAACGCUGCAAUCCUGAUAUUCUCUUUUUUCUUUUCCUUUUUUAUUCUUAUUCUACUCUUAUUUUUAUUUUGCAGAUAUGUCUACACUUGCUGCAGGUGUGGUUGCGACCCUAUUAUCUGUCGGUGCUUCAGCCGCUACAGCAAUUGCAACAAGAAAAGUACCGUUUUUCCGAACUCGAGUGGUCGCCUUUGGUGCCUGUACAAUGACCCUUAUCGAGGGGUUAUUGAUGUGUGCCAUGGUCAACAAACCGUUCGAUAACACGUAUUUCACAAUCAACGCCGUCGCUUCGUGGAUGCGCUACUUGUCCAAUCUUUUAGCAUGGAUGAUACUUUUUGACUCGAUGCUACUAAAUAAGCAAGCAAGAACGAAUCACGGUAAACGCGAACCAUAUACAGCCAUUCUUGUUGCAUGCGCAUUAGGUGGGCUUGCAACAGCGAAUCUCAUCGUAGAACGCACGAAUCCUGAUCCUUUCCGAAGCGAAGUCGUGGCUCAACUGAGCUUAGCCACUUUAUUUACACCAUGGGCGCUCGUGUUGCUAUUCUUUACGGCCUUUUUCUUUCGUCGACACGACAUUGCUCAACGUAUACCAUUUCUCGUCAGCGGCCUUCUCCUCAGCAUCAACCCAUUCUACAUAUUCGCUUCUGUCCUGGUCGCCGUAUCACAAGGGUCUUUUAAUGUUUACUAUGUCAAUGUGUUUAGAUUCAUUUGUGGAACCAUCCUCAGAGACGUUGUGUUAUUUAUAGCCGCCUUUUAUAAUCACUCAUGGCUUAUUUCUCCCAACACCGAAGCCAUGAUUUUGUCCGAUGGCCAUUCGUCUCCGAGGGCAGGUUCAGGAGAAAAAAUCUUUUCCUCGUAAAUAUGUACCUUUGUUUAAUCCACUAUAGCCAAUGAAAAUUUUGUAUUUGCGCAUGUGCUGUUGCUGUACACCUAGACCAUACUUUCCGUUGCUUGCUACAUAUAUGAUGGCAUUUCUCAUUACAGAAAAGAAUAAUCAAUGCAAUUGAUUUUGUGAUCUUUCAUCUAUAGUAAACAUUGCCGUAACAGGAGUUUUAUACACCAAACCACGUUACAGUCCUUUAUAUUUCCUUGACUCCACGGUCUUGAUAAAUACCUACCAUUAUUAAAAUGUUUGGGAGUUAUGCGCGCUAAUUUCAGUCACAAGGCAGUCACAUUAGGUUUUUGCUACAUUUGUCGGCUUUGAUUGGGUAAUUUUUGAAAAACAAAUAUUUAUGAUUGGUUGA